AUGCGAGUGGGGAUGGAGGCCGACCGUGCCCAACAGGCCCCGAGGCACUCCGGCACACCAGAGGCCGCGGCAGCAGGGGUAGACAGCCGGGCGCAUACCGGCCCAGACCCCAAGCAGCACCCCCCACAGAACCCAAGCCCCCGAAACCCCAACGGGGCCCCGGCCCGAGGGCAAUGCGCCCCAGGGAUCCCAGACCCCCGGACCCAUCCCGGGCCCACCCAGCAGAGGCAAACAAGCCCGCCGAACGGGAACCCCACCAUUAGCGCACCGCCCGCAUGCAGGGGCCCGAGCGGCCCCGACAGAAACAACACCGGAAAGGCCGAUACAGACAAACCGACAGCACCAACCGAGCACCCAGGCGGAUUCCCCCACCCAAAAACACAACGAAACCGCUCCAUCCCGCCGACCACAGCAAACAAAGCCACAAGGCAAAACAAGGGACAGAGCAGCCCCGCCAGUCAUGCGCUAGAGAGCCAGAGCAGCAAAGCCGCCCCAGCCAUGCACCAGAAGCCGGCACAAGCAGCAAAAGGGAAGCAACAGACGCGACCCUGCCGCUCCCACCGCGUGAUCAACCCCCGCACUCCCCCGGACAAUGCAACCAUGCCAGGCACCACGGCCAACCACCGAAACCAGGCACUGAAAUACAAGGCAUGCCCCAACGCCCCGCAGAACAGAAGCACCCCGGCCGGCAGCACAAAAGAACUGAUGCCUGGCUCCCAGCCCCACCCAGCAGCAGCACAGCUACUAGGCCAGUAG